CGAAUAGUUCAGUGGAAAAGGGGAAUGAAACCGCCCAAACAGUGGCACUAUGUGCCCUGGCUGCAAUAGCAGCGGGGUAUUUAAUAGUUUAAAUUGGUGCAAAACAAAAUGGUUAAAAAAAAUUAUGUUUUUUCUCCGCCAUAUUGGAAGCUACCGUGGUGUUUACCGAACGCGUUUCGAAUUAAAUUUGUUCGUCCGAAUAAAACAAGGCUAGAGAGAUUCUAAAGCACUCCAAUUGAACGACUAUGCGGCAGUCCGGAUUCAGUUCCAGUGAAACAACAGCACCGAACGCGGAACUACUUACUUCCGGAACGAGUGCACAAAUAGUGCUUAAAGAACUGGCCAUCCCGACCAAUAUCCAUAACAUUUGGAUGGAGCUGAGAUGGGUAGGCAGCCCAAAAAGCUUCACCCACCUGAGUGGAAUUGCGGUCAACAUAAGAGUCUGUGCUACAGCUGCCUGCCUCAUCAGGAACCUCUCAGAUGCAUUUAGCACAAAGCAGCAGGAAUCGCAUGUCGAAAUGCCGAUUUCGGGAAAACUCCCGUGUUAUGUUAUUCUCAAGAAAGAAAUCCGUCCCCAUGCAGAGCGUCUCGCGACAACUGAUCCGCAGCUUGAUAUGUCCCGGAAUCCAUUGAAUUGUGGUUCGAUUACGCUGAGCCAGCUGUAGGAUCUCUUUGGAAACGGAAUUGCGCACCCGAGUAUUUUUACUCUUGUUCAGGAACAAACAUUUUUCUCAGUCACCUACCUAUGUGACUUUAUAUCAUAAAGCAAGCAGAACACCUUGAAAAUUGAUGAAUAAAUAAAAAGGUGUUAAAAACAGAAAA